AUGAUUACAAGGUCUCAGUAUUCUGUUGCUGAUAGAAGGUCGGCAACUAGAUAUGGGGAUUCAUUGUCAAAUAAAAACACCAAUCGUCUGGGUCCGAGACAAGGAGGUUCUUCAUCAUUAUAUAGUCGUCCUAGUCUAUUAGAUAUGAAGAAUGAUAGGAUGGAAAAUCGUGCGCGAGUUUAUGAGUUCUUGCGAGGGAUUGGUAUUGUCCCUGAUGAGCUUGAUGGGUUGGAGCUUCCUGUUACAGUUGAAGUUAUGAGGGAACGUGUGGAUUUUCUUCACAAGCUGGGGCUUACAAUUGAAGACCUUAACAACUAUCCACUUGUUCUAGGCUGCAGUGUGAAGAAAAACAUGAUUCCUGUACUUGAUUAUCUUGGAAAAUUGGGUGUUAGGAAAUCCACUUUCACAGAGUUCUUGAGAAGAUAUCCACAAGUCCUGCAUGCUAGUGUUGUUAUUGACCUUUCACCAGUGGUCAAGUAUCUUCAAGGAAUGGAUAUCAAACCCGAUGAUAUUCCCCGGGUUCUUGAAAGAUAUCCAGAAGUCUUGGGAUUCAAGCUUGAGGGGACCAUGAGCACUUCAGUGGCUUAUUUAGUCGGAAUUGGGGUCGCAAGAAGAGAGAUUGGAGGGGUGUUAACUAGAUACCCCGAGAUUUUAGGGAUGCGUGUAGGUAGGGUGAUCAAGCCUUUUGUUGAGUAUCUUGAAGAUUUGGGUAUUCCAAGAUUAGGCGUGGCUAGACUGAUAGAGAAGCGGCCUCACAUCCUUGGAUUUGGAUUGGAGGAGAGGGUGAAACCAAAUGUUCAAUCUCUUUUGGAGUUUUGUGUUCGAAAAGAAUCACUUGCUUCUGUAGUGGCACAAUAUCCUGAGAUAAUAGGAAUUGAUCUAAAGCCUAAGCUUCUCAGUCAACAAAGUUCACUCAAGUCAGUAAUUGAUUUGAGUCCUGAGGAGUUUGGCAGAGUUGUUGAGAAGAUGCCUCAGGUUGUUAGCCUCAGUGAUAGACCUAUGAUGAAGCAUGUAGAUUUCCUUAAGAAUUGUGGAUUCUCCUUGGAACAAGUGAGGAAGAUGGUCGCAGGGUGCCCUCAAUUGCUUGCCUUGAAUCUUGACAUCAUGAAACUUAGCUUCGAUUUCUUUCAAACAGAGAUGCAAAGGCAUUUGGAUGACUUGGUUGAUUUCCCGGCGUUCUUUACUUACAGUCUGGAAUCUACUAUAAAACCAAGACAUAAGAUGGUUUCAAAGAAGGGGUUGAAAUGCUCCCUUGGAUGGCUUCUUAAUGCUCUGAUGAAAAGUUUGCACAACGGAUGGACUAUGACACUAUCGAAAUGGAGGAGAUGGAGUUGUUGCCAUCAUUUGAUAUGA